AUGUAACCAAUAAUUAUUAUUGAUUCAAGUUCUGUUUACGAUUGUAGAACUCACAGUUUAAUUAAAUCAUGCAAAUUUGAUAUUAAUAUCAUUUUAGGCUCUUUUAGUAAAACUAUACCUAAAGAUCAAUGGAUAGCAAAAAUGAAAACUAUAUCCUUACUUUUAUUAACUAAAUUUCCAUAAGAAAUUCCUAAAAUUUUUUAAAUUCUUGAAGUAUAAGGUUCUAAAACUGAUAUAAUUAAAGAAGUUUAUUCGUUAGACGAAAUCUAAGUAAUAUUACAAUAAAUACUUGAAAAUAAUGAAAGAAAGCAAUUGUCAUAGAAUUAUUAAAUAAUUUAAAAUGAUCUUUAAUUACCUACUUAAGCACAAGAAAUUCCAAAAUUAUAAGAAGAUUUAUAAAGAAAUAUUCCUUUAACAAUUGGAACAACUAUUAAAAAUUUAGUUGAAAAUUUAAAAGGAUUUUGCAUUAAAUAUCCUUGGUGGAAUUAAUUUUACAAGAAAAUUAUUUAAGCAAGCAGUUAAAUUGAUGCAGAAUAAGAACUAGGAGAAAUAGCCCCAAUUUUAGUCUAAAGAUUAAAUGAUUUAAAAAAUAUAUCUUAAUAAUAGAAUUAAGCUCAUUAUACAAAUCAAUAGAAUUAACAAAAUGAAAUUUAAAAAUACUAAAUGGAAUAAAUAUGUUAAAGAUUGUUAGAAUUAAUUAAUUAUAAUAAUCUUGAUGUAGAAAUUACAGAUACUAAUUUAUAUGAAAUUGAUGAUGAGUAGUUCUUAGAAUUUCUAGAUAUAUUAUUUUAAGUACUCAAAUAAAUGCUGAAAAUAAAUGCAAAUAUUGAGUUGAUUGAUAAUGAGGCCAUUUUUUCACUCACUGGUGUUGUAAAAAGAUUUCAUAAUUAUUCUUAAAAUCAAUUAUUCAUCUAAUCACAUUUAUUUGCAAUCUAAUUAUUAGAAAAUAUAAGAAAACAAACAUAAAUAAAUCAAAGCACUUUUGAAAUAGUUGCUUCAAUUUUAAAAUAAUUAAUGCCAGAUGAUAGUGAGCCAUUAAUGAAAACAUUGGCAGAUCGAAUUGAACUUAACAAAUAAUUAAGAGAUAAGAGAAAAAUGGCUUAAAAUAUGAGUCAAUAAGUAUAACAAUAAUUUAAAUAUAAUUUAAACAAUAGUAAGUAUUAGUAAAAUAAUUAAAUGAAAUAAAAAAAAAUAGAUGAUUAUUUGAAAUUAUAAAUAGCAAGAAAGUAAUCCAAGGAGGAGUAUAUUCCUUAGAAAAAAGUUAAAAGUAACAGUAAAACAAUCACAGUAGAUACAUCAGAUGAAUCUUAUCAAUCAUCCUUCUCAUUCAAAGGUGAAGAAAAGGCAUAGAAAGAAUAGAAACCAAUAUACUUUCCAAAAUUAGGAAAGUAAUAUUAAUAUCCACCGAUGAUGUAUCCAUAUUAUAAUCCAUAUUGUUGGUAAUAUCCUUAUUAACAGACUCUAUAGCAUCAAAAUCAAUUUAAUGAAUAACAAAUAUCUCAAAUUUUCAAUAUGGGUUUAGAAGCUUAUAAUGAUAGAAUUCUUCGAAAAGGAUUUUGA